GAGAAUAGCGGUCCUGUGGCGGUGGUAUUUUUAUGGCGCAGGGCAACCAUUCGCAUGGUUCAUGUCUGCCGUCGUAAAUGCUCGCGACAAGGGUUCAGUAGCACGACUUUGAACGCCGUCGAUAUCUCUUGGUUCCCCCAGUGUACUGUUGACAGUCUUCGAUGUGGCAUAGGGGAAGCCAAAUAUGCUCUUGGAAAUGAAAUGACCCUGGGACGUGCCUUACAGGUUCAUUUGUAUGCCCCGACUAUGGUAGUUCCCAAGUACAUCAUUCCUCAUUUUGGCUGACGGCGCCAGGGUACGACGGCCCACUAGGUUUGCAUGAUAUCAGCACCCUAUGGAAGCUGUCGUCUUUAUCCACACUCACGCUCCUUGCUUUCCGCCCUCAUCGACAUGCCCGCGAGUGUCGAUGUCCUAGCACUCGUCGGGUUCGUUUGCGAGUCGCUAUUCUACGGCGCGUACGCCGUGUUGUUUGCGGCGUCCUUAUGGGUACUCCUCUGGAUGAGAAAGACCCGUAGAACUAACAACUUGAACAUCAUCUUCGUCCUUCACUGUCUGCUUUUUGUGGCAUGUACACUGCACUACGCACUGUACUUCAGUCACUUCGUCAGUUACCUGAACGGCGGAGUCGUUGCAGGAUUUGCCAAUGAGACCUACCAUACAUUCAUCGCAGACUGCACUACUUCAGUGGCCGACUUCCUGGGAGACCUCAUCCUGAUUUACAGGUGCUAUGUACUCUGGAGUUGCAACUACUACGUCGCUGUCCUUCCUCUGCUCACAGCCUCGUCAGGCCUCAUAUGCGCAGCGGUAGUAGGGCACCUUGUUUGGGGGACUGCCGACGCGACACCCUCACCAUCCAUCGUCCCCCUAGGCUUAGCAAGCUUCACCUUACCCCUUUGCACGAAUGUCAUUGUGACAUCGCUCAUCAUUUUCCGGAUAUGGUACAUGUCGAAGGACACGGUGCUCUACGGACUGCCAACAAGGUCGACAACGCGCGCGGCAAUGGGCAUCGUCAUCGAGAGCGGCAUUCUCUACUUCGUGGUGCAGUUCAUCUUCGUAGUUAUUUUCGGGAUAGGUCAUCCUGCGGAAUUCAUCAUGAUUCUUGUGGCAACUCAGACUUACGGCAUCACGUCGACGCUGAUCCUUAUCAAUGUCGGACUCGGGCUAUCGUGGGAACAGACUCGGCGCGCGCAGAGAUCCAGCCUGUCAUGGGCCCCUCCCUCAAUGGGCCAGGGGGCAGCUUCUUCAAGUUCGCUCAGAACGCCAACGGAUGUCGGUGGGAUUGAAGGGUCCUUUGGUUCUGGUGGCAUCGUAGAAUUGCUCGAUAUGCGAGACGAUGGCAAGGUCAAGCAUCAGAUAUCAGCCAGUAGUCUUACAAGCAUGCCAAGUUAUUCCAUUCCUUAGUUGUGUUACACACGUAUAAAUAACACGCUCGUUCUCAUUUGAGUACCGGUUAUUGCAAGAGGCGGAAGCCAUGAUUUGUAGUGAAUUUGGACAUCCGGCCACUCAUGUCGCGCUCUGGUGACUGACGAUUGUGCCAUCACUCACAGAGGCCUGACUUUCGUCGGCAAAUCAUGAUUCGCCACAAACUCCAGCCGACUCUUCAGUAUCUCGUAGACGACGUUCACUUGAUGUGUCGUGAACACCAGACAUGUUACGUUCACGAGCAGCAGCGUGACGAGAAGGAGGACAGUGGCUGUCGGAGAUGCCCAAAAGGGAGGUGUCGGGGCUGGUACCUCCCGGACUAGCUCUUUAAGGUCGGUGCCCUCUUCCUGGCUAAGCGGCGCGUAUUCGUUUGCGAUCGAGCUGUCUGUGGGAGAAUAAUAUGGCUUGCUCAUGCUUCUUGCCGCAGGAGACGGGCGAC